GCUGAUAUAAAGACAAGAGGCAGGAUCCAGGUGGAGGUGAGGGGAAGGCUGGUGGGGGCGGCCCAGGGUGAGAGGCCAGCUUAGGGGGUGCCCCGCAUGGGGGAAGCCCCUCCCUGGGGGUCUCCGGAGCCAUGCUGUCCCGCAAGGGCAUCAUCCCUGAGGAGUACGUGCUGACACGGCUGGCAGAGGACCCUGCAGAGCCCAGGUACCGUGCCCGUGAGCGGAGGGCCCGCUUUGUGUCCAAGAAAGGCAACUGCAACGUGGCCCACAAGAACAUCCGGGAGCAGGGCCGCUUCCUGCAGGACGUGUUCACCACGCUGGUGGACCUCAAGUGGCCACACACACUACUCAUCUUCACCAUGUCCUUCCUGUGCAGCUGGCUCCUCUUCGCCAUGGCCUGGUGGCUUAUCGCCUUUGCCCACGGAGACCUGGCCCCCGGGGAGAGUGACAUUGUGCCCUGCAUCACCAGCAUCCACUCCUUUUCAUCUGCCUUCCUUUUCUCCAUCGAGGUCCAGGUGACCAUUGGUUUUGGUGGGCGCAUGGUGACGGAGGAGUGCCCCCUGGCCAUCCUGGUCCUCAUCGUGCAGAACAUCGUAGGGCUCAUGGUCAAUGCCAUCAUGCUGGGCUGCAUCUUCAUGAAGACCGCCCAGGCCCACCGGCGGGCAGAGACUCUCAUCUUCAGCAAGCACGCUGUCAUUGCCUUGCGCCACGGCCGCCUUUGCUUCAUGCUGCGCGUGGGCGACCUCCGCAAGAGCAUGAUCAUCAGCGCCACCAUCCACAUGCAGGUGGUGCGCAAGACCACCAGCCCUGAAGGCGAGGUGGUGCCCCUCCACCAGGUGGACAUCCCCAUGGAGAACGGCGUGGGUGGCAACAGCAUCUUCCUGGUGGCCCCCCUCAUCAUCUACCAUGUCAUCGACACCAACAGCCCACUCUACGACCUGGCGCCCAGCGACCUGCACCACCACCAGGACCUCGAGAUCAUUGUCAUUCUGGAAGGUGUGGUAGAAACCACGGGCAUCACUACCCAGGCCCGCACCUCCUACCUGGCCGAUGAGAUCCUGUGGGGUCAGCGCUUUGUCCCUAUUGUGACUGAGGAGGAUGGACGCUACUCUGUGGACUACUCCAAGUUUGGUAACACCAUUAAAGUGCCCACACCACUCUGCACAGCCCGCCAGCUUGAUGAGGACCGCAGCCUGCUGGAUGCUCUGACCCUUGCCUCAGCCCGUGGGCCCCUGCGCAAGCGCAGUGUGGCCAUGGCCAAGGCCAAGGCCAAGUUUAGCAUCUCUCCAGAUUCUCUGCCCUAAGCCAUGGUCCCUCAGGGCCCCCACACGUGGUGUGUGCACACCAGCAGUGUGCUAUGCUAUGUAGGGUGUGUGCUCCUCAGCUGGCCAGAGUCUGGUGUGAGGCUGGACCCUCCUCAGCUCAGCUCCCCACUGCUGCUCACCCAGGGAGUUACAAGGCACUUGUCACUACGCUAUUUCUGGCCUCG